UCAAACUGACCUUCUGCGUCUGCUCAUCCAUUGUCAUAUUUCUAGAAUAAUUAAUCGUAGACCGGUUUAGUGCAAGUUUCCGACCCCGAGAUCCUUGCUCUUGACGGUUCCACCUAGCCAAGGCUGUAAAAAAGGCAGCACAACUUUGUUCAUUCCUGCUUUCAUAAUCGUAGUGAGCGUAAGCCAUCGAGAUGUUGCUAAUACAACCAAGCCUUGAGCAGCAGGAACAAAUUAGGAAGAGUUUUAACGAAGAUGUGAAUACUAGAGACCGUGAUCUUGAGGCUAUCAAGGAAUGGCUCCGGAAGGAACCACAUUUACCAGACAGUUGGGAUGACCAUCGAAUUAUGACAUUCCUACGUGGCGCCAGUUUCUCUUUAGAAAAAACUAAAAAGAAACUUGAUAUGUACUUCACCAUGAGAGCUGCUAUUCCUGAGUUCUUUACAAAUCGGGACGUGAAAAGGCCAGAACUGCAGGAAAUUAUUAAACUGAUGCGUGCUGCUAUAAUGCCGGGUCUCACCGCAGAUGGUAAACGAAUAACUGUUGCUGGAGCAGUUGCUACUGACUUCGAAACCCCAGAUAUAGCCAACUUCAUGAAAAUAAUCUUCAUGUUGGGUGACGUCCGCCUCAAAGUCGAAGAAGUAGGCGUUUUGGGCGACGUAUACGUUCUAGACGCGAGUGUAGCUCUCAUGAAACACUUCAUCAAGGUAUCUCCUACCAUCGUGAAGAAAUUCUUUAUAUGUGUCCAGGAAGCAUAUCCCGUAAAACUCAAGGAAGUGCACAUAAUUAACGCCACUCCUCUGGUGGAUUUCAUUAUAAGAUGGCUGUCGCCGUUUCUUAAAGAGAAAAUUAGGAAGAGAAUUCACGUCCAUCAAAAUUUAGAGUCCCUGUUUGAAUAUGUUCCCAGGGAGUUGCUACCUGAAGAGUUUGGGGGGACGGCAGGAAAGGUACAGACGUAUCUAGAUCCGUGGAUAAAGGCCCUGGAAGACAAUUUGUCGUGGUUUAACGAACAAGAAAACGUCAAAGCGGACGAAUCAAAAAGGCCAGGGAAGCCGACGACUUACGAGGAUUUGUUUGGAGUGGAUGGUAGUUUCAAACAGUUGUCGAUAGAUUGAUUAGAAGAAAACGUUUUGGGACAUGUGAAAACUAGUCACAUUUACUUAUUUAUAUGUAUUUUACUGGGUACAGUUUUCAAAUAAAUCUGAAUUAAUUUAA